AUCAGUUCUGAGCAAAAUGAUGUCGUUGGCAAUCGUUUCGGCGGUGCUGCGAGAUCAGCGAGACUCUAACACGCCGCAGCUCGUCUCAGCACACAUCUCCAGCUUCUUAGGGCCACCACCGUGUCUAUCUCUCAGCCAGGCCUGUUCCUUCGGCUCCACUACGUUGCUGGACUGGAUCUGGGACUCGAGCUGCACGUCGGCAGCCAACCGACCAUCAACUUGGUCUCUCCACAAUUAUCUUCGCUCCGAUCCACAUUAUUAUCUGGACCAAUUUAAUAAGUCGCUGGAAGUGGCAGUGCACCGUAACAAAUUAGCCAUAGUCAAGUGGCUGUUCUCGCAUUUUUCGUGUCUAGAAGUGCCUACAGUUGUAGUCAAAGCCGCUACCUCCGCUAGAUGCCUACCAAUACUGCAGUUUUUCCUGGCUAACGAUAUCGGUUGUGAAGGAGAGGAGCGGAGAAGUCAGAAGAAGAGAAAAGUGGUGGCAAAUGAUGGCGAGAUCAAGGCGGAAAAGCACGAAUCAAGUGAAUUUGUAGCUGGCCACGUGAUUCACUGGAAUGCGGACGUGAUGAUGAGCGCGUUGGAGACUGAUGACGAAGUGCUUGUGCGGUGGUUGCAUGAAAACAUGCCUGAGAUAGACAAUGGACGCGAUAUUGAUCGAGAAAUUCGCUUUUCGUUGAGGAAUGGAGACAAUCAAAUCGCCAAGAUCAUAAUGCCCAGAGGGAGAUGCUUGUUGGACUACGCUUCUUGUGCAAGUGUGAAGAUGAUUGAACUGCUUCUGGACUGCAGGUACAUUAAGCGAGACCAAGGUCUAGCUAACGAGGCGAUUGAAAGCUUAGCUCGCCUAAACCGUUUGGAUCUCAUGCAGCAAGUUGUUUUACUUCAUUCUCCCCCUCAUGAAGAUCAAUCGUUGUGUCUGCAUUCGUGGUGGGGUGCCAUCACAUCUGCAUGCAGUAAUGGCUACUUGGAGAUGCUGCAAUGGCUGCUGGACCACCCACUGUGGCUAGAACUUAGAGCUAGUAUGAAAUCACAUCGGAAAUACUCUUACCUUGUGCGGUUGGCAGCUCAAAACGACCAGGCCGGAAUCAUGCAGUACCUUUACGAACAAGGCGCUGAUGAUGAGAUCGGUGGUGAAGGCAUUGUCAGGGAGUAUGCGAGAGAAAUGAUGAUAGCAAUUCGUGAUGAUCGCUGCAACACAGUAAAGUGGAUGGUCCAGAACAUUUCGUUUCCUGAGAGCGGCCCAUCAAGCAAUAUGGCCAUUAAAAUUGCCGUCAGAUUCCGGCGUUUUAAUAUUUUGAAGCUUUUCCAUGAGCUUGGCUCGUCGAAUGUCAUUGAUCUGACGCAAAACGAAGAUAAUCGAGCUGACCAGGUCACUGCGUGGUGGUCCCGAUCGCAGAAUCUGAUGGAUAGUGCUGGUGGCUGUGGUCGAGUGGAUAUGUUUCAGUGGUUACUAGAGAAUCACCCCCAAGAGGUAUCCAAAGACGCUAUGGACAGAGCAGCGGGUGGUGGCCACUUGGAAAUGGUUCAGUGGCUUCAUGCCAACAGAUCUGAAGGGUGUACUAAGAAGGCGAUGGAUGCUGCUGCAACCAGAGGUCACUUCGAUAUGGUAAAGUGGCUUCAUGUCAAUAGAUCCGAAGGAUGCUCUGAAGCUGCUAUGGAUGGAGCUGCAGGAAACGGUCAUCUUGAGAUAGUAAAGUGGCUUGACGCCAACCGGAGUGAGGGUUGUACGAAGAAAGCGAUGGACGGAGCGGCUCGCAAUGGUCAUUUGAGCGUGGUCAAGUGGCUGUACGCCAACAGAUCGGAAGGUUGCUCCGCUGAGGCAAUCCAGAGCGCUGUGAACGAAGGUCACUUGGCAGUUUUGAAUUGGUUGCAUCAACACUAUCCUGAACACGUUCCUACGGCUAUCGAUAAAUGGGUUGGCAAGGAGAAAAUGUUUGAGGUUUUACUCUUCUUACAAGCUCAUUUCCCCCAAGUGAUCACUCCGAAGUUUACAGCUGAUGUUCGCCAGUACAACAUUAACCGCGUGGUUAGUGCCUGGCUCGUCGACAACUAGUUGUACGCUGUCGAAACGUAGUGGAGGUGGGAAAAGUCUGUGACUAGGGAUAAAAUAUCAACUGUUUGAAUCCUACACUGAUAUUCUUUUUCACUAGAGAACCCUUGCUGGUAGCGCCAACGGGAGAGCACAACGUCGUAGACGGCUUUCAAACUUAUACAAUAUUAUUUUAUCUUG